AUGGCGUGGACUUACGGUGGCGACUACGGAAGUCACGGGAGGUGUGGUCACGCCUCAAAUUCACCCAACAAGCUCCAGCGAUUGGCAAAGUGGAACCACUGCCCUAACCACCUUGGUUCCGAAGUGGAGUUCUUCGUGCCUAGAAAGGCUAUUCUUCGAUGCCAAGAACCCGAAGUCGGAUUUGGAGUUCCAAGAGGGUACUGCGUCAAUUGA